UGCCGUGCAGGGGGAUCAUGUCCCUGUCCAGUCCCUUAUCCCAUGGGUUGUUGAAAGAUCUUGGCAAACUUGCAGAGUUGAAAGGACGGCGCCUGAUUCUUGACUGUCACCUCGAGACGAAAAAACACAUUCCCUUAUCCCAUGGGUUGUUGAAAGAUCUUGGCAAACUUGCAGAGUUGAAAGGACGGCGCCUGAUUCUUGACUGUCACCUCGAGACGAAAAAACACAUGUAUGUGAAGGCGGGAAACUCCGUUGCGAAGGAGCGGUGGGACGCCAUCGAGAGCGCGUGGGGGUUGAAGCAGGACGGUAUCUUCGACGGAGGAGAGUGGAUCGCGCAGAUUGAUGGUGAAAUCCAGGGCAUUACCAGCAGCACCCGCUUAUCCUUGUCAUCCCAACAAGAUGCCAGCAGCGCACGAUGUGCUGCUGCACCUUCUCAGCACCCACCUGCUGCUGCAGCGGGUACCGCGAGGAGGAAGGUGGAUCGAGGGAAGCAAGCCAGGGAGAGAGCUGCGAAAGGCACUUUAGGCGGCAACAUCUGCAACGCUUUGAAUUCAACAGCGCCACAACUAAGAGCGACUGACACGUCACAUGGCUCGUUGAAUUCCCUACACGGCAAUUUCGCCCUUUCCCAUCGCACCGAGCAGAUUGAGCGGACUCGUGGUGGAGUGAAAAAGUUCGUACCCGGUAUCAGCUUCCCGCCUCCGGCCCCGGAGUCCCGCCGAUCCUGCCCUCACUGUCCCAUGACCUUCGUGAACGAGCAAGGCCUUGGGAUCCACGUGAGAACGCAGCACAGCAGUGCAAACCUGUCCAACGGUGUGCGGCUGCGGCGGAUGCUACGGAAGAAUCUCGAAGGGAGUGUCCUGCCGUGGGAAGAAGCCGGGCCUGGGCGUUGUUGGCACGUGAAGGUCGAUGAUGCGACGGGGGCGGCUUCGUUGGUCAUCCAGCGGAAGCGCUUUCUCGAUCUAGACUUGGAAAGCGACGGCUUUAUGGACCGCGAAACCAAGGAACCGCGUGGAGCUCCCAAGCACAGGCGAUACGACGAUAGGUUCAAAGCCAAUGCUGUCAACCAGCUGCGCAUCCUCGAGGGCAACGCCGUGGACCUCUGGAAGGAGGAGGAGCGCACGCCUCCUCAGUACUUAGAGGAUCGUCUCAAGGUUCACUACAGCAACAUCGUGAGUUGGGCCAAGGACGAGAAGGCCACAGUCGCGGAGGCAGCAGACGACGUAAAGAAGAGCCUCCUCGCCAAGCAGCAGCCUAAGCGGUGGUUUCCUGAGGCAGAAAAGAGGCUUUACAAGAUGUUCGUGGAGCGGCGUAAGAGGAAGUCGAAGGUAUCGACCCUGUGGCUGACGAUCACGUUCCGGAGGCUCGUGCGAGAGAUGUAUCCCGGGGACCAAAGGGCGGCGGCGUUCCGCGCAUACUUCAGGUGGGCACGAAAAAGGGCCAAGAGGCACAACCUGUCCAAAAGACGUCGGACCAACCUCAAGAACAAGUCUGUUGAGGAGCGCCUACCAACGAUCCAGCGCUUCCACCGACGAUUUCGCAAGCUCCUGCAAGAGCCGGUACGGUACAGGGCGCCCGAUGAGUCGGACGUAUCGGCGAUUACGACGGUCGCAGAGAGGGAGUCCAGAGUUCCCAAGUUUGGUCAAUUCCAGCUCUGGGAGCGUUGGAAUGUGGAUCAAGUGCCUUUGGCAUUCGUAAACGGGCUGCUAGAUACGUGGGAGGAGCGAGGUGCGAAGCGUGUCGCCAUCUCACAGCCCUUUCCUGGCCUAGAGACAAGGCAGUGCACCAUGCAAGUCAUCUUUGGUCCGGGCCGCGUACCACAAGACGUGGACGUGUUUUUCCAGGAGAACGCUUGGGCCGACCAAAAGUCCUGUAUGGAGUGGGCUAAGAGGUCCUACCGCGAGGGCCUGAUGCGCGGGCGGGGUGAGCUUCCCAAGGCGAUGUCCAUUCUUAUCAUGGACAAAUUUUUCGCGCAGACGACGGACGAGUUCAAGGAAGCCGGACGAUUUAUCAAAGUGGAAGCUGGGAGGCAGAUGGACAUGUGGCUCGAGCAGUCGGACAAUCUCGGGAGGUGGGAAACCGCGGCGCUGACAGCUUCUAAUCGGCGGGUACUGAUCACUCAGUGGAUUGGAGCGGCCAUGGCAAGACUCAACAGCCAACAUGCGUUCCGAUUCCACCUUAUCGAAAGGUGCGGGAUGGCCAUGACUGUGGACGGCUCAGGCAAUGAUCGGAUCACCUUGGAGGGUUUGGACAAGCCGUACACCUUCGCAAACGAUGAAGACUGUAGCGAGGACGAAGAAGGUUUGGAGAUCGGCAGCGAUGAGCCUGAGGGGCGGGGGAAGGAGGGCGAUGGACGUGAGGCGGUCGUGGAGGGCGCUGAUUCCAGCGAUGAUGAAGACGACGGCGGCACGUCUCAAACCCAGACCGAUGAGCUAGCUCUUCUCGACGACGACGACAGCAUGGACCCACAAGACCCGGAGGACGAGACGCAACGAAUGGAGGUCCCGACAGGCUUUCGCAUUCAAGAAGUUACACCCGUUGCUCUUGACAGAUUACUUUUGCGACGUGGAGUGCUCGUUUUUAGGCUGGGGAUGGGGUGGUUUGGAGGGUUGAUCAUUCAGCAAUCUCAGCCAGACACUCGCCACCUGUACGACUACUGUGUGCAGCUGGAGCUAGACCAGAGUACGCGCAAGAUGAAGCUGCCCUUAGCCAAGUACACCGGAGAUCUGGAUGCGGCGGUAGGCUCCUGGGUUUUGCUUGAGAGCGUUAGUAGAUCGGAGAGGGUACGCAGGAUCAACGUCACCCUUGUGGACCAAGAUGGUUGACAGUUGCUGCUGCAUGCCUUGGUGUGUUCUUGUACCAAACAACAGCAUUGUUCCUCAUGCUAAACACGAUAGACUAAACACUCCGCCGAGUGCAGUUGACAGCCGCCAACAAAGUACGUCGUCAUACAACGUACGCCAACAGGGCCAAUUGGUGUUGAAAUACGAUCAAGAACAUUUCGCUGGAGAAAAAUGGGACGGCGAAAUAAGAACAUGGCCNGAUAGACUAAACACUCCGCCGAGUGCAGUUGACAGCCGCCAACAAAGUACGUCGUCAUACAACGUACGCCAACAGGGCCAAUUGGUGUUGAAAUACGAUCAAGAACAUUUCGCUGGAGAAAAAUGGGACGGCGAAAUAAGAACAUGGCCAAUAAGAACACGUGCUCGGGUUGGGGCAGCCAAUAAGAACUGAGCCUCGCUCAAAAUAGGGGGUUCUUGAGUGCGGGCCUCAACUGUAGUCGUAAAUGAGUGCGAAAUCAACGUGGGGUUUGAGCGGUGUCGGCCGAACAAGAAACAUGUAGUACCGUCACGGUUAAUCAUUUGUUGAUAGAUACCCCGAGAAUGCUUUCGCCUGCCGGGAGCGAGAGCCAGGUGUGCUCUGAACAAGCGCCAUCUUCUUCCUGUUUUCCCCAUGACUAACAUUUUGAAGGCUUCAAUUCUACCUCAGGAAGAGGUCAGAGCAGUGUCCUUUCUUGGAGCAACAAACAACCGUCUGAUUCUUCGUGCCAGGUGGUGGCCACAGAGUUGCUUCGAUGGUGAACAUGUUGGCUGGAGAGAUUGCACAGAAUCAGGAUGUGAACCGGGCAAUAGCAAUCGGACACUACAAGGACGGACCGGCCGCUGUUGAUUUGGCUCUCGCAAUUGCCGAGUAUUGUCUGGCGGCUCCCCCGCCAAUCGUUUCCCGUUUGUUCUGGGUAGCUUGGAGCGUACGUCGACCGAAAGGUGGCCAUACAUGAAUCAAUUGCUUGUUUUGCGAGUGGGGCGUCUCGUGUCCUCUU